UAUGUACAUGUGUGUGUGUUUAUAUACACUCUCUAUAAAAAGCCUUGUUUUCUUGCUUCACCUCUGUGUUUAUCAUUUUCUUUCCCAUGCUUCCAUUAAACGCCAAGGAAGAUGGCAAGGAGCAAGCAGGCGAGAAGAGGAAGAUCAUGGAAGUAGGACCAUGGGGAGGAAAUGGUGGAACUCCUUGGGACGACGGCAUCUACAAUGGCGUGAGAGAAAUCACGCUUGUUUAUGGCCACUGCAUCGACUCCAUCACCGUGGUGUAUGAUAAAAACGGCACGCCUUUCAAAGCUGAAACGCGUGGAGGUCGCGGAGGCAAUCAAACCGCGGAGAUAAAGCUGCAGUACCCCGAUGAGUACAUAGUCAGUGUGACUGGGCACUAUGGCACGAUGGUGUAUGGCGGCACCCCUAUCAUCCGUUCGCUUAAAUUUCAGAGCAAUCGAAGAACAUUCGGACCAUUUGGAAUGGAUGAAGGCACACCGUUUACUUACACUCUGGAUCGAAGCAAAAUUGUUGGCUUGAAGGGAAGACAUGGUUGGUACAUAGAUGCCAUUGGGUUUCAUGUAUCCCCUGCCCCAGCAAGACUCUUUGACAGAGUUCAGAAGAGUUUCAGAAGGCUCGGGAGCUCAGUUACCUUCGGAGCCCAGAGAAACUGAAACGACUCAACUGCUCCAAGUUGAAAUAUAUAUGAUUCAUAGCUAAAGGAUUUUGAAUGUAUAAGCUAGUGUGUUUCUGCUUGUGACUGUUCUGAUGUAUACUUUUGCUGUCCAAAUAACCUACUGGUUUCUGUACAACGAUAUGAAAACAUGCUUCACUUUUUAAGGUC